CUUGCAACAGUAGUAGCAUUCACACUUAAUGGCAGACAACGACAGCGAGAAACGUUUCCAUGUCUUCUAUUUCGCCGCUCUGGCCUUUGCACGUGGAUCCUUCGGUGUAGGGCCAUAUUACACCUACCUCAUUGGGAAAUUAUUUGUCGGAUAUAUCAGAAAGGACUGCGAAAAUGUUACUUCGAAAAUGUUGUAUAUAAUCAAGGAGCUGUGCAAUGUAGUAAAGACCUAUAGACUAUUCCCCGUCUUACCCAGACAACCCUCCUCUCAAUCGCCAAAACUGUCCGCCCAACUUGGCGAAAAUGGCUGAAAUCGAAGGUAGUGCUGGAGGAAGAGCGCCGGUCAAACGAGUCUGGUACCGGACGUCUCUCUUCAAUGCCUCUGUCAUUGGAGCAGUUGGCUUCCUCGCCCCAGGUCUAUGGAAUGCAAUGAACUCGCUUGGUGCAGGUGGUGAGGAAAAGCCUUUCCUGGUCAACGCUGCCAAUGCGCUCGUCUUUGCCCUCAUGGGAUUUUUCUGCAUCCUUGGCGCACCUAUUGCAAAUCGCAUUGGUUUGAAAUGGACUCUUCUACUGGGUGCGGUCGGAUACCCCGUUUAUGCCGCUGGACUUUACACGAAUAAUCGAUUCGGAAACGUAUGGUUUGUGCUGGUAGGCUCAGUGGCAUGCGGUAUAUCCGCCGGACUCUUCUGGGCUAGCGAGGGUGCUAUUGCGAUUGGAUACCCGGAGCCUUCAAAGAGGGCCAGAUAUCUCAAUAUUUGGGUGUGGUGGCGGACCAUGGGUCCUAUUAUCGGAAAUGCCAUUGUGCUGGGCCUCAACAUCAAGGCCAAAGGCGAAGGCAGCGUGGGAUACUCAACCUAUAUCGUCUUCAUCGUGCUUCAAUGCUUGGCUGUCCCGGUUGCCUUACUCCUGACGCCUCCAGAUAAAGUGCAGCGGACAGAUGGAUCUGCCGUGAUUAUCCAAGUCGAGGAGUCAUGGAAGGAAGAGUUCAAGGCUCUCUGGCGUACCUGCAAAAACCGCAACGUCGUGCUGUUGCUUCCGAUCUUCUGGGCCGCAUACUUCAACGAAUAUUCCAGCAAUUUCGAAACAUACUAUUUCGGUGUACGAGCACGGGCUUUGAUCGCUUUCGUCGGUGAUUUUGUGACGCUACUUGCCUCACAGAUUAUCUCUCACUGGCUCGAUUGGAAGCGAGUUAGUCCAAAGAAGCGUAUCACAUAUGGCUGGUAUUAUGUUAUCUUGGUACAUGUCGCGACUUGGAUUUAUGCCUGGAUCAUUCAGGAGCAAUACACGGCCAAUCCGCCAAUGCUUGAUUACACCAGUCGAGGCUUUGUGAAAGGCGCAUUCGCGCUGUUCCUGUGGAGUUUCGCGCAACAGACUGCGCAGAACUGGCUCUACUAUGUUAUUGGCUCGACAACACAAGAUAUCGCUGAGCUCACUAGAUUGACCGGCAUCCUUCGAGGCCAGGAGAGCUUUGGUGAAGCUGUUUCCUACGGGCUCAACUCGAGGAACUGGUAUGGUGGCCGUGUGCCAAUGGCUGUAAACACAAUCUUACUAGGUUUGUGUGUAAUUCCUACGUGGAUAGUCGUUCACGAACACGUCCCAGAUGAGGAGGUAAAAGAUAAGGAAACUCUGAGGACCGAUAUUGACCCUGCUCUUGAAAGUGAAGUCGUUGUGAGCACCGAUGUGGUAGGGAAAUAUGCACUCGACCGCGCUACGGCCUCUUAUCCAGCUAAGCAAUAGUCCUACGGCUCUGUUGCUUGACGACAUGUCACAAGAGCAGAUUAUAAUGAAUACAGUGAUGUGAAUUCCACAUCUCAGG